UACUUGCACAGAUGGCUCCCACCUUAUUCCCUGGAGUUUCCAGACUUUACACACUGCCCAUUCUGAACUGGGAGGGGGGUGGGUAAGUACAAAAACUGCCUCAAGACUUAAAGUUCCUUCAGCUUCUGCACUUUUGUUCCUUCAGCUCCUGUACUUUUCCAAGACAAAUACGUUCAGCUGCCCCUGAAAGAAGAGCCACCAGUAGGAACAAUUUGUUCUGUCAAAUCCACACAACAUAUCUGGUGUUAGAUUGCUUCCACGUCGCCAGACAGGCAGUGCAGCAUGUCGGAGGAGGUGAAGCCAGAGAGCGUGUCGCUGUAUCCUGCGAGUGCUGCAGCCACCCCUGAACAGGAGGCGGUGUGCAUCUUUGGGACGGGAGACUUGGGGCGCUCUCUGGGUCAACGUCUUCUGCAGUCUGGGUAUAGGUUGGUGUAUGGGAGCCGGAGACCUCACAGCUGCGGCCCCGUUCCUCCAGGAGCUCAGGUGAUGAGCCAUGAGGUAGCGGCGCAAUCAGCCAGUUUGGUCUUUGUUUGUGUCCAAAGAGAACAUUAUGACUUCCUGGAGACACUAGCACCUCAACUCAAUGGGAAGGUGCUUGUGGAUGUUAGCAACAAUCUCAAGAAGAAUAUGUACCCAGAGGCCAACGCUGAGUAUCUGCAGAAGUUAAUCCCUGGGGCCCAUGUGGUGAAAGCAUUUAACACCUUGUCAGCCUGGGCUCUCCAGAACGGACCUUCAGAUGCCAACAGACAGGUGUACCUGUGUGGAAACAAUCCUGAGGCUAAGCAGGCAGUGGCAGUGAUUUCAACCAAACUGGGCUUCACUGUUCAGGAUAGAGGGUCUCUGUCUGCAGCCAGAGAGCUGGAGGACUUCCCCCUGCAGCUGUUCCCCGAGUGGAGGCUGCCCAUGCGCCUCACCAUUGGCCUCACUGCCUUCUUCUUCUUCUAUCUUCUCACCAGAGACGUCAUCUAUGCGUACGUUGAUGAGGGGAGAGACAUCUCCUUCAGAAUCAUGAUGUCCCUGGCUAACAAGGUGUUCCCAAGUGUAUCUCUCAUCUUGCUGUCUCUCUGUUAUCUGCCUGGAGUCAUAGCUGGCUUCUUUCAGCUCUACAGAGGAACCAAAUACAAGCGUUUUCCUGACUGGUUGGAUCGCUGGAUGUUGUGCAGGAAACAACUAGGACUGAUAGCUCUAGCCCUUGCUUCCCUGCAUGUGCUUUAUACUCUACUCAUCCCCAUAAGGUAUUAUGUAAGAUUCAGACUUGCAGGAAGUACCAUCUCACAGAUCAAGAGUAACAAGACAUCUCCAUUUGACACAACCAUGGCCUGGAGAACUGACUCAUACUACGCCAUAGGGGCUCUGGGAUUUGGCCUGUAUCUCCUUUUGGGGAUUUCCUCUCUCCCUUCUGUCAGCAACGCUCUCAGCUGGAGAGAGUUCAGCUUCAUUCAGUCCAAGUUGGGAUACCUGACAUUGUUCUUCUGCACCUUUCACACCUACCUGUAUGGUUGGGACAGAUUUCUGUACAUCUCGCAAUACAAAUGGUACACUCCCCCCGGCUACAUGCUCUGCUUGGUGGUGCCGUCCCUGGUGCUGGUGUUCAGACUGCUGCUUCUUCUGCCUUGUGUGGAUAAAAGCCUCAGCCGCAUUCGGCAGGGCUGGGAGAGGACAGAUCCUGAGAACGACAGCAAGAAGUCACUGCUAGCGUAGGAUUGCCACAAACUGUCACAGACUUGCAUAGAAACAUAUUGUCUUUCAAGAGCACUCUAAAUGUAAUUCAACCACUUCAGUUUUAAUGCAGAACAAAAUAGUGCACAACAGUAAAGGCCUGUGUUAAAUGUUACCAUAUUUACGUCCACAGUUUGAACACCUUCACUUUGUAAGUAUGUUUUUUUGUAUCAAUUAUUAAGGAAUACUUUUAUAUAGCCAAUGCUAUGGGGGCAAACAAUAAUAAAAAAAGUAAAUAACACAUGAAA